AUGGACGAUUGGUUUCUUUGUUACAAGGACAAAUCUGAGUUACCUCCCUUGGAUUUUAAUGCCACAUGUAUGAAACAUGGUCGCUACGUCAUUUAUUAUAAUGAAAGAUUGAAGGAGGUUACCUAUCCAGAUAGUUACCAAAUUCCGACCACAACAGAGUUAUGUGAAGUUAUAGUGCAUGGUUGCGCUAAAAAGGGAGUUUAUGGCGUUAACUGUGAUCUACCCUGCCCCGUCAACUGUCAGGAACAAAGAUGUCACAUAGUUAACGGAAGUUGUCUGGGAUGUAAGCCAGGAUGGACGGGAGACACGUGUGAUAAACAAUGUGAUCCGGGAUUUUACGGAGAGAAUUGUCAGAAACACUGUAAAGAUUACUGUGUCAAUGCUACAUGUAAUAGAACUGACGGUGGUUGUUUAGCUGGAUAUAUUCAAGAAAAUAAGCCUGAGAAAGUUGAUUUAGCACAUGGUAAAACUUCCUAUCAGACUCUAAGUGCUCCUUUGGAUCCACAAGACCCAACUCGGUUUAUUUCAAGCAAUGCAGUUGAUAGAGACCCAUCCUCCUGCACACGGAACUAUGAAAUAGGACGAACCUCCCCACACACAAGUGUACUUUGGAGAGUUAACUUGGGUGAUAUCUACAGUAUUUACAGUAUCAGGAUACUUUUCAAAGACUAUGGCUCAGUAUACGAGAAGCGACAAAGAGGACGAUUUGCGGGAUUUUCCAUUCAUAUUUCAAACUCCACCGAUAGAGACAAUUGGUUUCUUUGUUACAAGGACAAGUCUGGGUUACCCCCCUUGGAUUUCAGUACCACAUGCAUGAAACAUGGUCGUUACGUCAUUUAUUACAAUGAAAGAUUAAAGAACAUUACCUAUCCUGUUGGUUACCAAACUACAAUCAUAACAGAGUUAUGCGAAGUGAUAGUGCAUGGUUGUGCUAAGAAGAGAGUUUAUGGUCUUAACUGUGACCUACCCUGCUCUGUGAACUGUCAAGAACAUAGCUGCAACAUAGUUAAUGGAACAUGUCUGGGAUGUAAGCCAGGGUGGACAGGCGACAAGUGUGAUAAAUUCUGUUCUAUUGGAAAGUUUGGAAUCCAUUGCAAAGAGACAUGUAGUGGUCACUGCUUAAAUGACACAAAUUGUGAUCAUGUAAAUGGAAGUUGCAACAAGGGUUGUGACAAUGGAUAUACUGGUGAUGGGUGCAUCAAAUCAUGUGAGAGAGGCUUGUUUGGCCCUGAUUGUUCACAAAAAUGCUCAAUAAAUUGUCACACUCCUAAUGAGUGUACAAUCACCGAUGGGUCCUGUGUGUGUUCUCCUGGCUGGACAGGGUCACCACACUGCAACAAAGAAUGUGAUGAGGGAUUUUACGGAGAGAAUUGUCACGCACACUGUAGAGAUUACUGUAUCAAUGCUACGUGUAAUAGAACUGAUGGUAAUUGUUUGGUUGGAUUCAUCAAAGGAAAUACUUUUGAGAAAGAAAUCGAUGGAGAAGAAGGAGGACAUUCAGAUGCAAAUAAAAUUGUACAAAAAGACACAAUCUUGUAUCAGGAAUUGCAUGUGAUUGAAAACGAGAGUGCAUAUCAGGAACUACAUUAUGAGAAAAACCCUUAUGAGAAUCUUGAAUCAACUGUUAAUUAA